UGCCAAGAAGAUGCUGAACAAAACGCUUGUGACGAAGCAGACGGGACCCAAGGGACAGAGGGUGAAUUUGCUUUACGUCACUGAGGCUGUGACGGGUAUCAAGCGUGAGCUCUACCUUGCACUUCUGCUUGACCGCAAGACAGCCUCGCCAAUGUUUAUUGGAAGCGCCGAGGGUGGUAUGGGCAUCGAGGAGCUUGCGCAGAAAUGCCCCGAGAAGAUCAAGCGGAUGCGCAUUAAUGUUCAGGAAGGCAUCAGUCAUGACAACUGCGUGGCCUUUGCAAAGGAGCUCGGUUUCAGUGGCCGCGCUUCUGAAAACGCAGCGGAGCAGGUGAAGGCGCUCUACAACGUUGGCAAGUCGAAGGACUGCACGCAGGUGGAGAUCAACCCACUUGUGGAACUGGAGAACGGCGAUGUCAUGUGUAUUGAUGCGAAGCUUUCUUUUGACGACAACGCUGAGUUCCGCCAGAAGGACAUCUUCAGCCUUGCGGACGACACGCAGAUUGACCCCAAGGAGGUGCUUGCCAAGAAAUAUGACCUCAACUACAUUGCCUUGGAUGGCAACGUUGGCUGCCUUGUGAAUGGUGCUGGUCUCGCAAUGGCGACAAUGGACCUCAUCUCCAUGAACGGCGGAAGACCCGCGAACUUUCUUGACGUUGGCGGCAGCGCCACGAGGGAGCAGAUCGUGGCCGCCUUCCAGAUCAUCACAGGCGAUGAGAAGGUCAAGGGCAUUCUUGUGAACAUCUUUGGUGGCAUCAUGCGUUGCGACAUUAUCGCUGAGGGUAUUGUGGCGGCCUCACGCGAACUGAAGGACCGCAACAUCCCUGUUGUUGUGCGUCUCAGCGGCAGUAAAGAGGAGGAGGGCAAGCGCAUUCUACAGGAGAGCGGCCUCCCGCUCCACCCCGCCCGCAACUUCGAGGAGGCAGCCAAGCUCGCCUGCAAACUCGCGGCGGAGUCAGCGUAA